CAAAAAAGUCAAAGAAAAGUGGUGCAAUAUAAUGUUGGACUACGAGUGGUGUAACCAGUCAGCCGCCGCCGGCAUGUUUUCCGACGAACCAACUCCACAAGACUCCGACCAAACCCGCCACUUCUACGACUCAUACGCCGCCCAAGCCGCCUUCAACGAAACCCAGGCCUCGGCGUUUCUAGCAUCCAACGCCGCCGCCAACUUCGCCGCCGCCCAGUUCCACCACCACCCGCAGCACAGCUUCGCCGGUCUUUGCUAUGACCCCCGCGCCGCCUACGGCGGCGGCCCGUCGUCGUUUGCUCACCAGGCGGCGGGCUUGCUCUCCCUUGAACCAGCCGGGUUCGGGGCGGUCGCAAAGAGCGAGCCUCUGGUCAACUUCCCGACCGCCGCAAACCGGAUUGGGCUGGACUUGGGUGGGAGGACUUACUUCUCCUCGGCGGAGGAUGACUUCGUCAGCCGGCUGUACCGCCGGUCGAGGGGGAUGGACCCCACGGCGGCCAACUUCCCGAGGUGCCAAGCGGAGGGAUGCAAUGCUGACCUCACCUUAGCCAAGCACUACCACCGCCGCCACAAGGUCUGCGAGUUCCACUCCAAGGCCGCCGCCGUCGUCUCCGCCGGCCAAUCUCAACGCUUCUGUCAGCAAUGCAGCAGGUUCCACCUGCUAACGGAAUUUGAUAACGGCAAGAGAAGUUGCCGGAAAAGGCUGGCCGAUCAUAACCGGCGGAGGAGGAAAAGUAAUCAGGCCACGGCGGCAAAUCAAGAUUCCGGCAACGCCACGGAUACUCAAAAUUCUUCUUCCAGCACAAGGUCGCCGCCGGAUUCAGGGGCACAAUCGUCAUCAUCAGUUGCAGUUUCGCCGCCGAGAAUAUCGCUGGAUUAUCUCCGGCAAUAACAAAAAUAAGGAUUGGGGGUCAAAGUUUAGUCAAAUAGAAGAAGCAUUAGAGCUAAUGCAACUAAUAAUGGUAGCAUUAUUUG